GUUACAACGGCAAAACCUUAACCGAAGCCAGGCAAACACUCACUCACAUCUCUCAGUGGCUUUGUGCAUCUCAGUCUGGUGAGACAACUCCCUCCCUCUCUUCCUCUCUCUGCAAAAAGUGAGCAAACUAGCACAGAGAAUCUUUAAGAAGGCUGGAUCUCAGUUGUGAAACAUUCAGAAGAUCCAGUAAUGGCCUGGAUCGGCAAUAUCUCCUGGUUUAAACAACUUGCUCUACAUGAAGAACAUUUCAGGAUAUACUUAAACAGCACUGAGGAUUACUUAGCCUUCCUAUGUGGGCCGAGACGGAGCCAUCUGUUCUUGCCCGUGGCUUUGGUGUACACCCUGAUCUUUGUUGUUGGGGUGGUAGGUAACUCCUUAGUUUGCCUGGUAAUCCUCAAGCACCGGAACAUGAAGACCCCGACCAAUUACUAUCUCUUCAGUCUCGCCAUCUCAGACUUGCUCUUGCUGCUUUUUGGGAUGCCACUGGAAGUCUAUGAGAUGUGGAGUAACUACCCUUUCUUGUUUGGGCCCAUCGGCUGCUAUUUCAAGACAGCACUCUUUGAGACGGUGUGUUUCGCCUCCAUCCUCACCGUGACCACAGUCAGCGUGGAGAGAUACAUUGCUGUCCUCCAUCCUUUCCGUGCCAAGCUGGAGAGCACUCGCAAGCGUGCCCUGAGGACCAUCGUGGUGCUCUGGGUCCUCUCUGUCCUCUUCGCCCUCCCCAACACGGGCACCCAUGGUAUCAUGUUGCAGUAUUUCCCCAAUGGCACCCUGGUCCCCGGCUCUGCUACCUGCACUGUAGUCAUGCCCAUGUGGAUCUACAACUGUAUUGUCCAGAUUACAUCUUUUCUCUUCUAUGUGCUGCCUAUGGGGCUAAUAAGCGUGCUCUACUAUCUGAUGGGGCUGAGAUUGAAAGGAGACAAAUCUUUGGAAGCGGAGGAAAUGGCUGUGAAUGUUCAGAGACCAUCAAGGAAAUCAGUCACCAAGAUGCUUUUUGUCCUUGUGAUAGUUUUUGCUAUCUGCUGGGCUCCAUUCCAUGUAGACCGACUCUUCUUCAGUUUUGUUGUGGAAUGGACUGAGCCUCUGGCUAAUAUAUUCAACUUAAUUCAUGUGGUGUCAGGUGUUUUCUUCUAUCUGAGCUCUGCUGUGAACCCCAUCAUUUACAAUCUGUUGUCCCAGCGCUUCAGGAUGGCUUUCCUCGGUGUCAUUUCUCCUUACUGCAAGCACUGGGCCUCUAAACAUCCCACUAGCAAGACUUCUGCCCAGCAGAGCAUCUUUGUGGUUGAGGACCACAAUCUCAUGGACUCUGCUGAAGACACAAGUCUCCCUGGCACACAGAGGACAUCUAUCAGCAGUUCUCAGCCCUCCACUGCUCUGUGACUUUCCGUGUUGUGAUUCAGGUGAGAGAGAAAUUAAAGAAAAUUACUUUAAGAAACAAAAAGAGAAAAGACCUUCCUAAAAGACUGAUCUCAGUAAAACCUGGUGUCUUGUUGAAUGAGUAAAGGAAGAAACUAUAAUUAACAGGUGAUUGA